GGCAACGAGACAGGUUGGAAGUGAAUUUGCCACAUUUACCUCUAAAAAUUGUAGAAAAUUACAAUCAAACUUUACCCAAACUCGACAAAUCAUGGAAAAGAACGACGAUGUCAUCAAAGUAGGUGACUACAUUAUCAUUCAACGACAGAAAUUCACAAAAUUAUACAAAUUUGCCUCGUUGGAAACGACAGUGACGCUCGGAAAGGAAACGCUCGAACUCCGCCAGAUCGAGGGUCAAAAGUUCUUCACAACCUUCAAAAUGGUCUCCAAAAACCCGGCAAAUCCCAAAAAACGUUUUUACUCGUUGGAAGCAUGCUCGGAAAUCACGUCUGACAUUCGUGCCUUCCUCAAUAACACGGAUUCGGGUCAAGAUAAUCGCGAUAUAAAAAUUAACGACAACUCGCAGAACUUGUCGCAGCAAGAAAUUGAGGCGCUGCGAAAAAGUGGGGCUUCCAGCACGAAUAUCAUCGGUCAACUCGUGGAAAAUAGCAAGACAUUCACGUCAAAAACGGAGUUUGGGCAAGAAAAGUACCUGAAAAAGAAGGAACGAAAGUACUUCGAGUACGUUCAAGUGCGAAAACCCUCAAUUCGGUUACUGGCGGAGAUGUUUUAUCGUCAAGACCCGGAAAAAAUUCUGUUUUUAAGGCAAGAUACACUGUCGCAGCUCAUUUCUUACUCAAAUGUCAAUGAAUCGGGGACGUAUUUGUUGUACGAGUCGGGAACGCAAGGCUUGCUGCCAGCAACGUUGAUGAAUUCCAUUGGCGCCAACACAAAAGGUCGCCUUUUGCACAUGCAUCAAGGUCCCUUCGGGCAAAAAUUGGCUCUGCAAGCGCUAAAUUUGGAAGAGGAACACAUGAAACGAUGCUUGAGUGUCAAUAUUUUCUCGUCGCUGAAGAUGUUUCACAAUCGCGAAGAAGAAAUUGUGGAAGAAAGUGAGCCGGCAGCGAAAAAAAUCAAACUUGACGACGAAAUACCCACGGAAAAUGGCGAUGCAAAGAAAAAAGAAAAGCCGAAAUGGUAUUUUGAGAAUUUAGAAGCCGUAAAAAUGCUGGAUGAGAAGGUCGAUGGACUCGUAAUCGUUGCUCGGGAGCAUCCUUGGAGCAUUUUGAUGACACUUUUGCCAUUUGUGAAGCCAAAUCGGAACAUCGUUAUUUAUCACAACGUCAAAGAAGUCCUUACCGAUGUCUUUUUGGACCUGAAAGCCGGAUCAAAAGUCACUGCAGUUAAGUUAACGUCAAAUUGGAUGCGAAAUUACCAAGUUUUACCCAAUAGAACGCAUCCCGAAGUGCAAAUGGGAGGCAAUAGCGGGUAUUUACUCACAGGCAUCGUCGUUGAAUCAUAAGCAAAAAUAUAUUUUAACGAAAUUUCUUUUAAAUUUGAAUAAACAAAACUAUUUU